AUGUUAGGCGAUUCAACUUUGAGUUUGAACUCGGGUCAAGCGGCCGCAAGAGGCGCCUUCUACCCAGGUGCAGAUGCAGCUCGCGGCUACGGGGCCUACGACAGUCCCGCCCUUCCGCAGCAGCAACAGCAGCAGCAGCACCAGCUGACACUUGCCGACUUGCCUGUGGAGACAGAGUCGCAGCAGAGCGAGGCAUCAGGGGUGAUUGCGGAUGAGCGUCGAGGGGCGCACAUGCGUGCCAAGAAUUCUUUGUUGCAGGUGUUUAUUAACUUCUUCAGAAAACCCCACCUUUUCAAGGUUCUCGUCUUUGCUUUCGUCAUGUUUGCGAGUUUUUUCUUCGUUGGUAUCUUCGCCCGCAUCGCGCAGUUCGUCUUUGGGAUUUGGGCCGCACUAAAGGUGCUGCAGCUCCUAGAAGAAGACGACGUGCCUGUUCCUGGGGGGGGCGCACCACCAGCCUUCAGCAGCCCAGCAGCACACAACAUGGACUGA